AAUUUGAAACUCAGCCUAGUCCAGGCAGCCUUCGGACUGGCACCUGCUGCUCCAAGUAACUUUCAACAUGAUGGUGUUUGCAUUUUGGAAGGUCUUUCUGAUCUUAAACUGCCUUGCAGGUCAGGUCAGUAUGGUGCAAGUGACCAUCCCAGACACAUUCGUGAAUGUCACUGUUGGAUCUAAUGUUACUCUUCUCUGCCUCUAUACCACCACCGAGAAGUCCCUGGACAAGCUUUCAAUUCAGUGGUCUUUCUUCCACAAUAAGGAAAUGGAGGAGCCAAUAUCUCAUGGCUCGCAUCCCAAAACUGAGGGUAUGGAGGAAAAGGCAGUCAGUCAGUGUCUAAAAAUGGUGCAUGCAAGAGACGCUCGGGGAAGAUGUAGCUGGACCUCUCAGAUCUAUUACUCUGAAGGUGGACAAGCUUCAGCUAUUGGGCAAUUCAAGGACCGAAUAAUUGGAGCUACUAAGCCUGGUAAUGCAUCUAUCACCAUAUUGCAUAUGCAGCCAGCAGACAGUGGAAUUUACAUCUGUGAUGUCAACAAUCCUCCAGAUUUUGUCGGCAAAAACCAAGGCCUCCUUGAUGUCACUGUCUUAGUCAAACCUUCCAAGCCCUUUUGUACCAUCCAAGGAAGACCAGAAGCAGGCCAUCCUAUUUCCUUGUCUUGCCUUUCUGCCUUUGGAACACCAUCUCCUUUGUAUUACUGGUAUAAGAUUGAGGGGAACACCAUUGUGCCAGUAAAAGAAAGCUUCAACUCAGCCACUGGAGUUUUUGUUAUUGGAAAUCUAACAAAUUUUGAAGAAGGUUAUUACCAGUGUACUGCCAUCAACAGUCUUGGCAAUAGUUCUUGUGAAAUUGACUUAACAUCUUCACAUCCAGAAGUUGGGAUCAUCAUCGGAGCUUUGGUUGGUGCCCUGAUAGGAGCUGCUGUCAUCAUCUGUGUGGUGUACUUUGCCAGGAACAAAGUUAAAUCCAAGCAGAAGAAGAAUUUAAAUUCCAGCACGGAACUUGAGCCAAUGACAAAGGUACACCGUUCCCAACAAAAUGAGGCAAUUCCAGCUGAUGGUGUUCAGCUAGAAGGAACUCUGCCAUCUUCCAUCCAUGCUGGCCACAACACCGAACCUACUACUACUGCAGUCUUGGAGCCAGAAUAUGAGCCUAAUCCCCCACUGGAAACUGCCACACAGCCUGACCCUGAACCAGAGGGUCCAGUGCCAGUGUCAGUGCCUGAGGCAGAAAUUCAUCCACAUCCAGAGCAGGACCCGGAGACAGAGACAGAGACAGAGCCUGAGCCUGAGCCUGAGCCUGAGCCUGAGCCUGAGCUUGAGCCUGAGCCUGAGCCUGACCCCCAGUCUGGAGUAAUAAUUGAGCCUCUGCGCAAGGAGGGAAAGGAUACAGUUAAGGCAUAAAUAGGCAUGGCAUUAAGUAUGGCAGUUCCCACUAAGGAACCCAUUCCUGGCUUUUAAAAUUUGGUGGACUUAACCAGCCCCCAGUUUGUCCGUCCAUCAUGGACAACCCUCAUCUAACAACAUAUUCAUUCCAACCAUUAAUCCAAAAUAAAGAAAUCAAGGCAACUACAAAGAAAUGCUGUGAUUUCUGCCUUUUUAGUAUAGGGGUUACUUAAAACUGUACUAAUAUGUAACAUAACAAAUGAGAAGGCCAAGACAAGUGGUUUAUUUCUAAUUUACUUGGAAGAGUAUUUGCAAAAGUAUAUUCUGUAUUUUAUAGUUAUUUUUUGUCAUGGAUCACCUGUAAAUAUCAUAAGAUAGGGUUAAUUUGAUUGAAUAUUAAUUUUAUGAUUGGUUGUUUUUCCUUUUUUUUUUGUAUUUACCACUGAGAAAAAAGUUGGCACCAUUGGCCCAUAAAUUAGAAAAAAUAAUUUUUCCCAAAUAAGGUAUGUAUCAAUUGGUACAUACAAUUUAAAACUAAGUCUUAUAAUUUAUCAUAUUAGAUCUUUAAUAAAUCACUUCGGUGUCCAACAUUUGAGCAUAGCAUUUUUAUAACUUAUUUUUCACUACCAAAUGGUGUACAAGAAAACAAUUUAGAAUAAACUUUUUCUUUGGUGAGCAUAAAGUGUUGGUAUUGGCGGCGAUUUAGAGUAUACCUUUGACUAAGCUAUGAUGUUAUUACUGUCGGAUGCUAUGUGAUUUUGGCAGUAGACUGGGAUGGUUUUCCAGAUGAACACUUUGGUCAAUUUUAGAUAAUCUAAACUGGCAAUUUAAAUACUCUGUAUUACUGUGUCUGUAGUCCAUGUUAGUAGAAACAUCACUCUUAAAUAAAUGAUAAGCAGUAAGUGAAUACAUUGAUAAAAUCCUUCUUUCAUUUUAAAAAUGCUUUUUAAUGAUCAUAUAUCACUGAUAUCCCACUCUGAAGAAAUGUACAUGGAGAUUUACUUUUUUAAACUUAUGUAAUCAAUCAUAUAUGGAAUAUAAUUUUAAGGUUCAAUAAAUAAUCUUUAAUAAAAUCUCAUUUAGUGACUACUAAGAUAAAUUCUUUAAUGAGGAAUUUUAUUGUCAUAUAAUUUAUACACUAUAAGCUGUAUCUAUUUUAACUGUAUAAUUUGAUGAGUUUUGACAGUUGCAUACACCCAUGAAAUUACCAUACCUACAUAGAAGUUUCCACUAUCCCAAAGUGCUUCUUUGUGUUCCCUUUUAUAAUUCCAUUAUGCCCUGGACCAAGAUGACCACUGAUCUGUUUUCCAUUUCUAAACGUUAGCUUUUCCUUUUCCUGACCUUUAUAAGAACGGUAUCCUAUAGUAUAUACUUUUAUGUUUGACUUUCUUCUCAAGUAAAUAUUUUUCAGUG